AUGAGCAAAGUGGAGAUGGCGAUGACGCCGCUACAACAGUGGGGUGAAGAGGUAGAAGAUGGGGUUAUCUACAGCAUCGUUCUUCAGCGAGUGAGAAAGGAGCAUGUGGCCAGCAGUCCCCUGGGUAUUCAAGAUGACCACGGCACACCGGAGUGUUCUUUUGUACAGUACCGCACAUGCAAGAGGCGUGUGUUACGGGCUGCCACGCUCCCCAGGCUGGUGGAUUGGCUGGUGACAGCCAAUGCUGAGGGUGACCUAGACUACAUGUCCAGUUUCCUGGCCACCUACCAGGCAUUUGCCACCCCUGUGCAGGUGCUGGAGCUGCUGUUGCCGCCACUGGGACCAGACAACCGCUUGCAUCUCUCUUCUGGCUGCAGGAAGGUGCUACAUGUUUUGGAGUUCUGGCUUCAGCAUCACCCUGAAGACUUCUGGGAACCCCCCAAGCACCCCAGUCUGCAGAAAGUCUUGCACUUCCUGUACCAGUCUGCUCCUGACUCCCAAGCAUGUGCUCUGGCAGAGGAGCUUCUGCAAGCCCACAAGGAGGGGGAAAAAGAAGAACACAGAAGAGGCACCGCUGAGGCAGUUGGAGAAAAGUCCCCCAGGAUGGGGCUAUCACGGGUGAUCAGAGAGGCAACUGGGGCAGGUAGCUAUGAGGAAGCACUGGCCCUGCUGUCCUUCCCUGUCGAUGAAGUGGCUGAGCAGCUGACCCUGAUUGAUGCAGAUCUCUUUAGAGCAGUGCGCCCCUUCCACUGCCUGGGCUGUGUGUGGUCCCAACGGGUCAAGAAAGAGAAUCAGCAUGUGUCUCCCAGUGUCCGUGCCACUGUGGCCCAGUUCAAUGCAGUCACCAGCUGUGUCAUUGCAUCUGUGCUUGGAGACCUGACACUGCGCACUGCCCAGCGGGCACACUUGUUAGAGAAAUGGAUUGCUAUUGCCCAGCGAUGCCGGGCCCUACGGAAUUUCUCCUCACUGCACGCCAUCCUCUCUGCUCUGCAGUCCAAUUCCAUCUACCGGCUUAAACGUACCUGGGCUGCUGUCAACAGGGACACCAGCAGCAUCUUCCGAAAACUCUCACAGAUCUUCUCUGAAGACAACAAUCAUUUGAACUGCCGAGAAAUCCUGUUGCAGGCUCCCACCAUCCCAUAUCUUGGUACCUUUUUAACCGAUCUGAUCAUGCUGGACACAGCCCUGCCAGAUUUUGUGGAGGGCAACCUCAUUAAUUUUGAGAAGAGGCGCAAGGAAGGAGCAAUACUGUCCCAGAUCCAGCAGCUGCAGGAGUCAUGUAAGGGCUACAACAUCUGCCCCAAUCCGUCCUUCCAUGUUGCUUUCCACCACCAGCAGCAGCUUUCUGAGGAGCAGAGCUACCGGAUCUCCCGUGUGAUUGAGCCACCCGCUGACUCCUGCCCCAGCUCACCAAAGCUGUACCGCAGCCUGACGAAGCGCUUCAGUUCACUUCUCCUGGGCUCAGAGGUUUCCUCUACUCUUCCAAGCCUAGAAAAAUCCAGAAAUUCACCCAUGGGUUCUUGCAGCAGCCUUAACUCUGAGGAUGGCUCCAGCACCCCUUCUUUGCCGACUAGUGGAUCCCCCACUAUCAAGAACCUGCCUGUAUCUCAGCCAAGAACUCGCCCUCCAGUUGCACUCCCCCUGCCAUCUUCCACCUCUACAGAGAGAGGGACAGAAUCGCGCAUCAUCCGUGUCAGUAUGAAUAGUGAGCAUGGCAGUGGCAACUGUUAUCGUAGCAUUGUGAUCACCAGUCAGGACAGGACAACAGCUGUAGUGCAGCGUGCCCUGCAGAAGCACAAUCUGGAAGGGGACUCACCACAGAGCUACCAGCUUCUGCAGCUUUUGGGAGAUGGCCAAGAACUGCUGAUCCCAGACAAUGCCAAUGCCUUUUACGCCAUGAAGCCCACUGAUUUGCAUGACUUCCUUCUGUGCCCCAAGAAAGGAGGCACUAGCUCCCCUGCUGAGGCCUGCUUCAUUUCUCCACACCCCACCAUUUCCAGCUCCUCCUACCUGGUUCCUGGGAGCUGA